AUGUCAGUCGAGUACCACCGUCCAACUGUAUCUGACGACUUGUCCGGCUCCUUCGACGAUACCCCAGCGCUAGCUCAAGGGUGGCUGGCUUCGCACCCGGACGACGGACUCUCGCGUAGCAUGGACGCCGCUCAUGCGCCGGUGACCUCGACGGCGUCUUCUCAUGGUACGAGUGACAAUCCUGGCAAGCGUCACAUGCUAGUUGACGACAACUCAUCACCCGGGAACGCGCGAUCGCGCCCUCGAAGUGCGACUGUACGGAGGACGUCGUCUUUGCCUGUGACUGAGUCGCAAAACCCCAAAUCUGAGAUUGUGAUGAGUGCAGAUGAGGGACAGAUUGCCGCCGAUCCAGAAUCAUCAUCCGACGAGACCGUAGUUGAGGAAACCCCAAAAGAGGAUGAAGAGUCUUCUCAACGCCCAGCAUCACCAUCCAACGGAUCAACCUUGACGAACUUUACUGCCAUCACCGGCAAGACUCACGGCUCCAGUAGCUCAAGCGGCAGCGGUUCGACAAUUACUCAGUCAUCUUGGCCUCGUCAUAGAGGGAGUGAAAAGUCGCGACAAUUCGACAAGUCUCAUAUUAAACCUCGGCGUCGAAGUCGUUCUCCAAGGAUUCAACAACAGCAACAGCAACAACAGCACCACAACGCCUUUCAGUACCUCGAACCGGACUCUCCAAACGUGACAGCAGAAGCUACCCAACACGCUAUCGAGCAGUCGUACUGGAGGAUGCCACAGACCCCAAGCUACCAAUCUCCCUCCGCAAUGAGCAACGCCUCGACGGCGUCCAGCAGCUUCCAGAGCGACGUCUUCUCUGAGCUGGAUCAUGAGACGGACAGAAGCAGCUCUCCUGACCACAGCACCUAUGGUGGCUCGCCCAACUCCAUGCCGGGCUCCAUGCCAGGAGGGUUUGACGCGCAUCUCGCGGCCGCAGCGCAGCAGAGACAGCGUGAGUAUCGCAGCUAUGGCACGCCCGAGAUGCCAAGGGGCAACGCAAACCUCCCUCAUAUCCCUCCAAAUGCUCUCCAGCCAAGGUUACCCGGUACACAUCACGGCCAUCCGAAGCAUCUUCCCCGGGCAGAGAAGCUGCCGCUCACAGGCUAUGAGUUGAUUGCUUCCAAGCUAUGCGCCGGUGACUCGGAUAGGACAAGCAUCAGGCCCAUCUAUCGACGGUUUGAAGCGCUCAACCACCGUCUGCUACUACACUUACAAGACGAGCUUGCCGAGCUGGAGGAGCAGCUACAUAGGCUAGACACAGCAGACACCCAGACACGGCGUCUGCAAAACUGCUUUCUGCCCGCUUCAAGGCGCCAAGAAGCCCUCACUGCUGGCGAAUUACAAUGGCACAAGACAGAUGUCCUGGGCAAGAUCGGCUACAAGCUUGGCCAAUACAACCACGUCCUCUCCUCGUUCAAGGAGACUCAGUGCCUCCCCGGCCCAGACUCACGAGACAUUGAGUACUACCGCGCCUACCUCGCAAAUCACAACCCCAUAGUUGAAAUCGAAACCCGAUUUCUAGAUCCCACGGACGACCUCGUCUCCCUUGCCCGCCCGUCUUCAAGUUACUCGCGCGACACGGAUUUCUCGUCAGACGAACUACGCACGCCCAUGCCGCGCAAGUCAGCGUUCCGAUUCACCGGCCCCAAAGCAGAACGUAUCCGUAAAAUCCAAGCGUUCCUGUUAAAUAGCUACCCGCUCGCGGUGGCCGUCGCAUUUGCCGCGGCGUUUCUUCUUCCCAUUCUCACUUUUGCCGUCAUCCCCGGCUUCGUCGGCCGCAUGGCUGUCGUGUUGCUUGUUGCCGUCGGCGUGGCGUUGGCCGUGGUUCAGGCUGGUAUUUUUGGGACCGGAAAGAAUCGGACUGCUUCGCAGGCUGCUACGGAGGGAUUGAUGGUUUCGGGGAUUUAUGUCGGGGUUAUGGCUGUCGUUGCUGGCAUAUUUGGGUAA